CAAAAACGCAAUUUUUAGCUCGGGCCCUCGACCUUUUGUUUUAUGUGAAUUGCUGCGCCCCUUCUCCUCUAUAUAUGCUAGGGCGCCCCCGUCACUGUCCCAGUUAGUCUAUUUUCCCGCCAUGGCAAUAUCACCCAUGGAAGUCGACGAGAAUGGCGCACUCCAGAGAAAACAAUCCACCUACAAGUCUCUGGAUGAGAGCUUUGAGAUACAGAGAGAGAUGUACAGAGGGCAACAGUACAGUCAGAUUUACUUUGCUAGACUUCACCUCAUGAGAACACUGCUCUACUCUCUUCUUCCCACCUGGAAACCCCACCUGCCAAGCUGUACCGUGCUUGGACUAGAAGAAGGUAAAGAGUGCGUCAUAGUUGGAACCCUUUAUAAGCACAUGAAACUCAAACCUUCCAUACUUGAUGAGUAUUCAAAGGAGAGGUCAGCAAGCCCGCUUGUAAAACCCCAUAACUUCGUUCACUCAGACGAUCAUCUAGUUUUGGAAGAUGAAAGUGGAAGAGUUAAACUCUGUGGGGCCCUUCUUUCGCCUUCUGUUUAUGUAACAGGUAUAGUCACUGCAUUGCAUGGAAAAGAAACUGGGAAUGGAGAAUUUUUGGUUGAAGAUAUCUUGGAAGCUGGCCUUCCUCCUCAGACGAAGCUGCCUGUUCAUUCUGGUGAAGAUAAAUAUGUAGUUUUUGUAUCGGGAUUGAGUGUCGGGAGCCCCUCCGCUAAUCCUCUCCAUUUCCAGCUCUUUGUCGACCAUAUAACUGGACAUUUAGGAGACGAAAAGGAACAAGGAAUUGCAGCUCAAAUUGUUCAAGUUGUUAUUGCUGGGAAUUCUGUUGAGCUUCCUCGUGGGCUUCUUAAUGGUCAGACCCUAGGUUCAAAGGAUCAGUCAAAGCUGUCUGAGCCAAUAAAGGAGCUCGAUAUUCUACUUACUCAGGUUGCUGCAGGUAUGCCUUUAGAUAUAAUGCCGGGUACUAACGACCCUGCAAAUUUCUCUAUGCCGCAACAGCCUCUGAAUAGAUGCCUUUUUCCUGGAUCAGCGGCUUACAACACUUUCAGAUCCUGCACUAAUCCUCAUUCCUUUGAGCUAGACAAUAUUAGAUUCCUUGGUACAUCGGGUCAGAACAUUGAUGAUCUUGCUAAAUAUUCUGAUGCAAAAUGUAAACUUGAAUUCUUGGAGAGGACAUUGAGAUGGAGGCACAUAGCACCCACAGCUCCAAAUACUCUAGGUUGUUAUCCUUUUACUGACAGAGAUCCAUUUUUCCUCGAGAAUUGUCCUCAUGUCUAUUUUAUCGGUAAUCAAGAUAAAUACGAGACUGGCUUGAUCGAGGGAUCAGAAGGGCAGGUGGUGAGACUCAUUUGCAUUCCUAGAUUUGCCGAAACUGGCAUUGCUGUCAUGUUAAACUUGAGGAAUCUUGAAUGUCAUACUCUCAGUUUUGGGACUCAGUUUAGCUCAGGCUCGGUUCUGAGACGAAGGCUCGAGUCGUCAAAUUGUCCUGGCUAUUCCUGGAUGUUGUUUUUACCUGCAAUAUUUGUGACAGUUUAAUUGCAAAUUUAUAAGAUGUUGUCGUAAAACCCAGUUUUACAGCAAAUUGAGUGACGUAGAUUCUCAAUGUAUAACUAACUAAUGAUCAUUUUACAUUCAAGCUGAGUUGAGAUUUGUUCUGUAGUUCUGUCUGUGUUAGAGUAAUUUUAUAUUUGUUCCAACCAAAAGAUUUGUAGCU